CACAACCCAAUCCCCAUCACUAGCAGUACCCCACAACGCCACGCCCGCGCCUCGCCUCGCCUCGCCUCGCCGCGCGCGGCGGGCCAAACCCCAAACCUCAACGGCGACGGUGCCUUCUCGCCUCAUCUCCUCCCCUCCCCGUGCAUUACCACCGCUCCCCCAGACCUCGAUGCGCCGCCGCAUGGCUCGCUUCCUGUUCCUGCAGGCUCUAGCCCUGGUAGCCGCCUCCGCGUGGGCCCCCGUCACCUUCGCCGACCCGCAGGCCACGCUGCUCAACCUGGGGUGCAGCCAGUACAACGCCACGCCCGCGAGCGCCUUCCUCGCCGCCCUCAACUCCACGUUCGCCGGCCUCCGCACCAACCUCUCCGCCGCGGGGGCCGGCGGCGUCGGCGGCUUCGCCACCGCCGCGGAGCCGCGCGCCGCCGCCCCGGCGUUCGCCAUGGCGCAGUGCCGCCCCUACGUCGCGGGCCGCGACUGCGUCGCCUGCUUCGACGCCGCCGCCGCGCGCCUCCGCGCCGGGUGCGGCGCCGCCAACGGCGGGCGCGCCAUCCUCGACGGCUGCGUGCUCCGCUACGAGAGCGCCGCCUUCUUCGACCAGUCCACGCUCCCGGGCAACACGCAGGUCUGCAACGGGUCCGCCGUGGGCGCCGGCGGCUUCGCGGACGCGGCGCGGGCGCUGGUGGCCGACCUCGCGGCGGCCGUGCCUCGCGCCCCGGGGUUCGCCGCGGCGGCCGCGAGGGGCGGCGUGUAUGCGGCGGCGCAGUGCGUGGAGACGGUCGGGGAGGGCGGCUGCGCGCAGUGCCUCAAGGUGGCGGCGGGGAACAUCGACGGGUGCCCGCCCAACUCCGAUGGACGUGCCGUGGACGCCGGCUGCUUCAUGAGAUACUCCGAUAGGCCGUUCUUCCCCGCGAACGCGACCGUGGACCUCGCCGUAUACUUGCGUUCCGGGAAGAAAUCAAGCCGGAAAGGAGCCAUCAUAGGAGGCAUUCUGGGAGGGGUAGCCUUCCUGUUUCUUGUUGGGCUGUUGACAAUCUUAUUGAUACACCGGUCUAGAAAGCUAAAGCCUCGGAGAGGAGAUAUACUUGGAGCAACAGAAUUACAAGGUCCAACAAGUUUCUACUAUCGUGAUCUUAAGGCUGCAACCAAUAAUUUCAAUGAGAAAAGUAAACUUGGAGAAGGAGGUUUUGGAGAUGUAUACAAGGGUGUGCUGAAAAAUGGAAAAACAGUUGCAGUAAAAAGGUUGGUUGUUAUGGAAACUAGCAGGGCCAAAGCUGAUUUUGAAAGUGAGGUGAAGUUGAUCAGCAAUGUUCAUCAUCGGAAUCUUGUCCGGCUUCUUGGUUGUUCUCGGAAGGGUUCUGAGUUCCUACUUGUUUAUGAAUACAUGGCAAAUGGUAGCCUGGACAAGUUCCUCUUCGGUGAGCAACGUGGAACCCUCAACUGGAGGCAGCGAUUUAACAUCAUUGUUGGCAUGGCUCGUGGUCUUGCCUAUCUUCAUCAGGAGUUUCAUGUCUGUAUCAUACACCGUGAUAUUAAAUCUAGCAAUGUUCUUCUUGAUGAUGAGUUUCAGGCAAAAAUUGCUGAUUUUGGCUUGGCGAGGCUCCUUCCUGAUGAUCAUAGUCAUUUGAGCACAAAAUUCGCAGGAACAUUGGGCUACACUGCUCCAGAAUAUGCAAUCCAUGGCCAACUGUCAGAGAAGGUUGACACAUACAGCUUCGGUGUUGUUGUUUUGGAAAUAUUAAGUGGUCGGAAGAGCAAUGAUACACGGCUUGAGCCUGAAACACAGUACCUGCUCGAAUGGGCCUGGAAGCUAUAUGAAAGUGACAACCUAAUGGCCUUGGUGGACGAAUCACUAAAUCCAGAAGAAUAUAAGCCAGAAGAGGUAAAAAAAAUCAUGGAGAUAGCUCUUCUCUGCACUCAAUCUACCGUUGCUGCAAGGCCAAUGAUGUCAGAAGUAGUUGUGUUGUUGUUGACGAGAAAUGAUCCAGAGCUCCAGCCCACAAGGCCCACUUUUAUUGAUGCAACAAGUAGAGUGCGAGGCGAAACAUCAUCUUCUAGUUCAUCUUCUGCCUCCAAGGCCACUAUAUCAGUUUCUCAGUUUUCAGCCAGCAUAGAAAGAAAUUGCUCAUUUUGGUGAUCAGUAAUUUGAGGUGACCAAGCUGGGGCAUGGCAGUCUGGCACAGAGUCAUGCGUAAGGAGUUUAGCUGAGCCGCACACUGGAUUAUCUAUCAUCUAUGAUAUGGAA